AUGAAUUCGAAAAAAGAUGGAAAAGAAAGAAACCGCCAUUGCGAGGGGGAAAGAGAAGAAGACAAAGAACUGAUUAAUAUAGAAGAAUGUGAUACGCCAUUACGAUUCGAAAAAACACCAUCAUUUAUACAGGGUGGAGAAAUGAGAGAUUACCAGCUUAGAGGCUUGAACUGGAUGAUAUCCUUACAUAAAAAUGGUAUAAACGGCAUAUUGGCAGAUGAAAUGGGACUAGGAAAGACACUGCAGACAAUAUCUUUACUUGGAUACAUGAAGCACUAUAUGAAUAUUCCUGAACCCCAUCUGGUCAUUUGUCCAAAGUCAACUAUGGACACAUGGAUAGCUGAAUUCAAAAGAUGGUGUCCAUCAUUGAAAAUCUUCUGUUUGAAGGGUUACAAAGAAGAAAGGAAAGAAAUGAUAAAGAAAGUUAUGAAGACUACAGUAUGGGAUAUUUGUCUGACAUCUUAUGAACUUUGUAUCCUUGAGAAAGCAGAAUUAAAGAAGAUGAAAUGGAGAUAUCUUAUCAUUGAUGAGGCCCAUAGGAUAAAGAAUGAAAAAUCCAAGCUGUCAGAGAUUGUUCGAAGCAUAACAUCAACGAACAGAUUGUUGCUGACUGGAACCCCACUGCAGAAUAAUUUGCAUGAGUUGUGGGCAUUGCUGAAUUUUCUAUUACCUGACGUUUUUCAUUCAGCUGGGGACUUUGAUGCUUGGUUUUCCACUAAGAAUAGCUUGAGUGAUGAUGAAUUGAUUGAACGUCUUCAUGAUAUUUUACGACCAUUCCUUUUGAGGAGGAUCAAAUCAGAUGUUGAGAAACAGCUACUUCCUAAAAAGGAGACUAAAAUAUUUGUAGGAUUAAGUAGCAUGCAAAGAGAAUGGUACACAAAAAUACUGAUGAAAGACAUAGAUAUAGUUAAUGGUACUGGUAAUGUAGAUAAGAUGAGAUUACUGAAUGUGUUGAUGCAACUGAGGAAAUGUUGUAACCAUCCUUACUUGUUCGCUGGAGCUGAACAGGGUCCACCAUAUAUAACUGAUAUGCACCUUGUGGUAAACAGUGGAAAGAUGUCAGUCCUACAUAAAAUGCUACCAAAAUUAAAGAGCCAGGGCUCUAGAGUUUUGAUCUUCAGUCAGAUGACACGGGUACUAGACAUUCUGGAAGAUUACUUAUUCUGGCAAGGUUACCAGUUUUGUAGACUGGAUGGAAAAACUCCACAUGCAGAAAGAACAGUCUCAAUAAAUGAAUUCAAUUCUCCUGGAAGUGAAAAGUUCAUCUUUAUGUUGAGUACCCGAGCUGGUGGAUUGGGAAUAAAUUUAGCAACAGCAGAUGUCAUCAUUAUUUAUGAUUCUGAUUUUAAUCCACAGGUGGAUUUACAAGCCAUGGACAGGGCACACAGAAUUGGCCAGACCAAACAAGUAAGGGUCCUACGCUUUGUUACAGAACACACAGUGGAAGAAAAAAUACUUGAGAGAGCAGAGAAAAAGCUUCGACUUGACUAUAUAGUUAUACAGCAAGGUAGAUUAUCAGACAGCUCCAAUAAACUGGGAAAAGGAGAAGUUCUUAAUAUGAUAAAACAUGGAGCCAACCAAAUAGCUGCUUCUAAAGACUCUAUUGUAAAUGAUGAUGAUAUUGAUACCAUUUUGGCAAAGGGAGAAAAAAGGACUGAGGUGAUAAACCAGAAGAUGGAUAGUGUAAGUGACAAGAACCUAAGAUCAUUCACCAUGGAUACAUCAGAGAUUGAUAUUUAUUAUUUUGAGGGAGAGGACUAUAGGAAGAAACAGAAAAUGGAGGACACAUUUGUAGAACCUCCAAAGCGAGCUAGAAGAGUCAACUAUGCCAGUGUUCAGUUUCAGAAGGAAAUGGUUAAACAUAAACCACCUUUAUCAUUGGAAAAGAAAAUGGAACUUAUGGAAGAAGUGCACAAAGGGGAACAACCAAGACAACAAAUCGCUGAAGAUUUUGGAAUUUCUUCUAAUACUUUAAAUAAUAUCAUGUGGAAUCGUGUUAAGAUAGUAGAAAGCUACUUCAAUAAACUGUAUGGAUCAACAUUUCAAGAUGUAGAAUCUGAAUUAAAGAAGUAUAUUGAGGAAAAUAUUAAGCAGAAUGUACACUUGGAGAAUCAGAAUCUGCUGCUGGAGAAUGCAAAGAAUAUUGCAAAAGAAAAAAGAAUUGAAAAUUUUCCUGGAACUCUUGCCUGGAUUGACAGGUUCAAAACUAUAAAUAUAAAAUCAUUUUAUCAACCUGUUGAUGACAUAGGUAGUAAAAAAGACUUCAACCAAAGAACCAGGUGGAUCAUGCUUACAAUGAUGAAACAGUAUUUCCUGAACACCAAGUUGAUUUAUGUGUGUUAGAAAAUCACAAGUCAGCCACCAUUGAACCAAGAACAGAGUUGCAGAGAUCACAGGAAAAGAAGCUGAAACAAGAACAAUUUGAUCACCCACCUUUCAGAGAUAUGAUACAAGAUGCUAUAAAAAGUAUAAAGAUCAGGCGUGGAUGUUCAAGGCAGGCAAUUCUGAAAUACAUUAAAGCAAAUUAUAAGAUAGCUGUUAAUGAAAAAAUUGCAAAUAACCAUUUGAAAAUGGCCCUUAAUGCUGGAGUGAAAAAUGGAACUUUGAUACAAUGCAAAGGACAGGGAGCAUCAGGUUCAUUCAAGUUAGGAAGAUCUAUAAAAACCAAGAGCAAACCAAAAGUUAAAGGAACUAAGUGGACACCAAAACAUUCAUCAGAAGUAAAUAAUUCCAAAUAUCAAUCUGACAGCCAAUACACAUGUAGUCAUUCAGCAGAGAACAGUUUAAUUCACUGGUCUGAAAAGCAACCAAAGAAAGAAGUCAGCAGUAUGAAUGCACUGACUUCUGAUGCAACUAAUUUGACCAGUGAUGAAAAGAUCAUGAGUGAAUCUAAAAACGUUGGUUGUGGAAACAUGGAUAAUCAACACCUUGUCUGUCAAAGGGGAGACAAACAGAGUCGAGUAAAUUUCAUGCAGAGUUACCUUUCCUUUAUAUCUAGCUGUGGAGAUGCUUCAAGUAAUGAAGGAAACCAAAAGAAGAAACAAGAAAGUUACAGAAUUGGAAGAUCUGUUGAAGUGAAGGCAGGAUCAUGUAUUCUGUCGAAACAAAAUGCUAACUUUUUACCUAGUAAUAAAAUAUUGUCUUCAAACAAAGCUAUCGAUUCUGAUAACUCUUCUGAUAGAAAUUAUGAUUCCUGCAACAACCAAGUUGUUCCAACCAGUCAGGCAUUUAGUACUCAAAAAAGAAAACCAGAGUCUUCCAUGAUGGAGUUGUCCUAUAAAAAGCCAUGUACAGACAGGAUAGCAGUAGCUGUAGAGAGAAUAAAUACGAUCAAGAAAAAUAUUCAGCUGAAUCAAACACAAUUAUUUGGUACAUUGCAAAAUACAAUAAAGGAUGAUCUUUCUUUGAAACAUUAUUCAUGUAUCGAUGGAGAACAAAAGGUUGGCAAAAAGAUGCACUUCGAAAACCAAGAAAAUACAGUUGAGAAAAGUUCAAGGAAACUACCAGAAAAUUUCCCUUCAUUCUUUCAGGAAAAUGUACUUGGGCAAAAAAAAACAUUUAAAAAAUCAACAAUAGACAAAGCUCAGCCACUGACAGACAUAUCUUCCAUCACCAAUAAAGAUUCCUUUGUACUUGGCAGGAAUAAAGAGUUCUGAGACGAGUAUGCUAAUAUUAAAACUAUUCUAUUAACAAAUGAUCAUUUAGGCAAGAGAAUAAGCCUGUUAAAUGACCUUAUCAAAUUUAUCAUAAUAAAAUACACAGAAUAGUGUCCAAUUUUUUUAGAAAUGAUAUUGAACUAUGUACUGUUAAAAAACGCAGAUUAUGGUAUUGUAGUAAAUAUGUAUUGCAUGUUUUGUGACUGAUUUAUAUAGAAAUGCUUGUAUUUAUUUUCCCUUUUUAUAAAAGAAGGGCCUUUGCUGGAAGAUCUUGCAUCUAGUCAAAUAGACUUGCCAAGGUCUUUCAAACUAAAAGAAAAGAGUGAAUUUUAGAACAAGUAGUGUUAAGAUUUCAUGUGUGCUGUUGGAUUACUUUGAUGUCCCUUGUGGUAAAUGAGGAAUUUCACCAUUUUCAAAAUAUCAAAAUACUUACUUGUGUUUCUUAUAAUACAAAUCAAAUUAAUGCAAAUUCACUAUCAUGGAUGUGUCAUUGUAAGAAUUGUUAUCCCCCCCCCCCCCC